ACGAGGGAUUUUUUUUUUUUUUUUUGAGGAGAGUACAGGUCGUGCUGCAAUUAGUUCAUUGAAAACUCAGUAGCUCUCGGAGCAGUCGGACGGAGACUGCUUUCGGCUUUUUUGUGCUGUUAAAAUCUCCUGUAUAGAGCUGUAACUAUGCCCAAAAGAAAGGCUGCAGGUGAAGGUGAUGAGAGGCAGGAGCCCAAAAGAAGAUCAGCUAGACUGUCUGCUAUGCCUGCGCCCAUUCCACUGGAGUUGAAGCCAAAAAGAAUAGUAACUCCAAGGAAAAUGAAGACAAAAAAUGAUAUGAUGGAAAAAAACGUGGCUACAAGUGCCAAAGCCGUGGCUGAAACCAAGCAAGAAGAAGUUGUUAAAGAAGAAUACAAUAGUGAAAAUGAAGAAGCCAAGAUUAUCGAGGCACCUGAAAAAGAUAUCGAUGAAAAAAUAAAAGAUGUUGAAGAGGAAGAAGGAGAAAAGAAAGAAGCAGUGACAGCAGAAGGAAAAGAAGAUGAAAAACAAGAUCAGAAAGGGGAUGAGGAAAACCAAAAUGAAGAAGAAGAGGAAAGAGGAGAUGGAAAAGAGAAAGAAGGUGGAAAAGAGGACAAAAAUGGAAAAGAGAAAGAAGAUGGAAAAGAGGACAAAAAUGAAAAAGAGAAAGAAGAUGGAAAAGAGGACAAAAAUGGAAAAGAGAAAGAAGAUGGAAAAGAGGACAAAGAUGCAAAAGAGAAAGAAGAUGGAAAAGAGGACAAAGAUGCAAAAGAGAAAGAAGAUGGAAAAGAGGACAAAGACACAAAAGAGAAAAGAGAAGAUGGAAAAGACGAAGACACAAAAGGUAAUGAAGAUGGGAAAGAGGACGAAGAUGGAAAAGGGCAAGGAGAAGAUGGAAAAGAUAAAGGAGAAGACGAAAAAGAGGAAGAAUACAGAAAAAAGAAAGGAGAUGGAAGAGGGAAAGAAGAUGAAGAUAGAAAAGAGGAUGAAGAUGGAAAAGAGGAAGAAGUAAAGGAGGAGGAAAAUAGUAAAGAAGAAGGUGGAAAAAGAGAAGGGAAAGAUGGAGGUAAUGAAAAGGAAGAUGAAAACGACACUGAAGUUGGAAAGAAAGAAGUUGGAAAAGAAGAGUCUCAGAGUAUUAUUUAAAGCUGCCCUAUAUAGCUUCAUAAUUUGGUAAUAUGUACCCCCAUGAUGAAAUGUUAAUAGAGAUGGAUAUUUUUAUCAAAUAUUUUAUAAACACAGCUUUUCUUUAGCAUCGAUUUAAUUACAGAACAUCUCCGUACUGCUGAUUAGCCACAAAAUUCCUAAUAUGAAACCUUUAUAAAUUUUGUGAUUGUAAUAGUUGAAUAUAUACAAAAAAUAUGCAGUGAUAGCUUUCAACUUUGUCGAAGAAUUCACUUUUGUGUAAAUUAUGUGUUAAAUCUUUGGAUUUUAAUUUUACUUCUACAUAUAUGGGGCCCUGGUGGCACAGUGGUUAAGGAGCUCGGCUGCUAACCAAAAGGUCAGCAGUUCAGAUCCACCAGCCACUCCUUGGAAACCCUAUGGUGCAGUUCUACUCUGUCCUGUGGGGUCGCUCUGAAAAGGAAUCACCUCCACAGCAACGGGUUUGGUUUUUCUACAUACAUGAUAAUUUCACAAAGGGGAGAUUCCAAAAGAAAGAACUUCAAUAUUUCUGCAGUUCUCUAGAUUGCUUUUAUAAAGAAUGUAAACUAUUUUCAUGUAAUACUAAGAGUUAGAAUUAUCUUUCCCAAAUAUAACUUUAUUAUAAACUUUGGAAAAAAUAAGAUUGGAAUCUCAUUUUGAAAAUAAAUACAAAUGUUUAUUUCAGAAGGGCAGUUUUGAUUAUAUAUGUAUCCAAAAAGUUUAACUGGAUUUAUCUUAAUAAAAAGACUCUUCAAAGAUGAUUGUGGUUUGUUAUGUCUCCAAUUUUUUUUUUCUUUUUUGACAUUCAGGAAAACAUUUAAUUUUUUUAUUCAGUUAGAAUCGACAUAACAUAAAACUCACCAUUUUAAAAUACACAAUUGAGUGACUUUUAGUAUAUUCACAUUGCUGUGCAACCAUUGCCACUACCUAAUUCCAGAACAUUUUCAUCACCUGAAUAAGAAACACAGUACUCAUUUGCAGUAACUCCCCAUUUCCUGUAAAAGUCUCCGUCACCCCCCAGGCCCUAGUAAGCACUAAUCUACCUUCUGUCUCUAUGGAUUUUCCUAUUCUGGAUUUCGCAUAAAUGAAAUCAUACAGUAUGUGGCUUUUUGUGUCUGAUUUUUUUUUUACUUAACAUAAUGUUUUUGAGGUUCAUCCAUGUUGUAGAAUGUAUUAGCACUUCAUUAUACAUUUUGUUUAUCCAUUCCUUAGUUGAUGGACAUUUAGGUUGUUUCCAAAUUCUGUCUAUUAUGAAUAAUGCUGCUAUUUGUGUACACAUUCUUGUGAAGAUGUAUAUUUUCAUUUCUAUCUAAGAGUGCAAUUGCUGGGUCAUAUAUUAACUCUAUGUUUAAUUUUUUGAGGAAAUUAUAGACUGAUUUCCAAAAUGACUGCAGCAUUUUAUAUUCCCACCAGCAAUGUAAAAGGGUUCCAGUUUCUAUACAUCUUCUCCAACACUUGUCUUUUUUACUAUAGCCGUCCAAAUGAGUGUAAAGUGGUAUCUCAUUGUGAUUUUGAUUUGCAUUUUGCCAGUGACUAAUGAUGUUGAGCAUCUUUUUGUAUGCUUAUUGGCCAUUUGUAUAUCUUCUUUGGAGAAAUGUCUAUUCAAAUCCUUUGCCAUUAGGUUGCAUUCUUAGCAUUUAGUUGUAAGAUUUUUUUUUAUAUCAU